AGGUAAUCAAAGGAUCAAGUUUCGGGCUUGAACGAGCUUCCGAGAAGAUAAAAUCGACAUUCGAGCCGAAAAUCAGUGAAAUUGGGCCAAGAUCUCGUAAGAGCCGCGAAGCCCAAUGGACCAAGGCCUCAAGGCGUCCAACUUGGACGCUUGGCCAAGUUGGACGCUUGGAGUUGGACGCCUGGGCUGGAUUGCAGAUCAAGGAAGACACGUGGCAAGCAGCGAAUGGACGGGCCGC